UUGUGCUCCAGCCUCCAACUUUGUCAAAUAACAUUUGUCAACAAUUCUAAUUAAAUUGUUCUAAUGUAUUUACAUGUUUGAUAAUUUAAUUUAUUUAAGUUACGAUAAUCUUUAUUAUUAAUUUUAGCUAAAUGCUAACUAAAGCUGCGGAAGUGAUGUGACAUUUUUAGUUUAUCUUUAUUAUUGCGCAUUAAAAUGGAAAGCCCUGUGAGUGUUUUCACUUCAAUUACUGAUUUACCGGAUGAAGUUAUCACAUUAAUAUUAGUAAAUAAUGAGCCUCGAGAUAUAGUACACUUCGGCGCUACAUGUAAGCAAUUCCUUGAAUUAAUAUCAGACAAUGAAUUUUUGUGGAAAAAGAAGUUUUCAAAAGCUGUACCAAACGCUGUGGUUAAACUUGUUAGUGAACGGAAAGGUGGUAACUGGCAUAAAGAAGUAAUCCACUUUUUUAAAUUGAAACAAACAGUAUGUAUGGAACUACUGUCUAUGCCACCAGUGUACAACUGGAGAACCAAAGAUGUUUCUUUAACAGAUGUGGGAGCUUUCUUUAUGAUUGCAACAGAAAAUAAUCUAAAUUACUAUUACACAAUUUAUAUACUUCAAAAUAUUGUGAAUAAAGGAUAUGAAAUAAUUGAUAACAAUCAAUGUAUGAAACCACUGUAUACAUUAACAACUAUGUACUAUGCAAAAAUCGUUCUACGGUAUUUGUUCCAUACCUACCUUGCUAUGAAAUGGUUACAAAAGCACAUACGGAUUGAGCUCACACCAGUGUUUGUUACUACAUUCUUUUUACAGUGGGUAGAUGUUACUAGAAUGUACAGUGAUGAAGAGGUUGAACAAAGGAUACAAUUGCUUAUAACAAAAGUUGAAAAGUAUUUAGAGGAAAAUAAUCCAAAAACGAAACAACCACCACUGACAGAAAGAAAGAAAUACUCUGAAAGACAACUGUUGCAGGCUAUAUCAAAAGUAAUUUAUAAUGAAAACAGCAAAGUGUCAACCGCACCUAGUUCCAAGACUUUAGAUAUAGUAAAGGUAAUAGAUAACAACGAAGGCGAUUUUAUUUCAUACGGUGCAAUUUAUCAAGCAGUGGCAAAAAGGUUUGGCCUACAGUGUGAAUUGAUUGCAUUCCCAAAUCAUCUGUUCCUAAAAUGGCAAAGUGUUGAUGAGGCCAAUGCUUCCUAUACGAUAGAUCUUUUUAAUGGCGAAAUAAAGGUUAAAAGAAGUUGUCCGUUUUCACAAGGCCAAAUGAACUAUGAAUAUUAUCCAGAUUCUUUGCUGCAGUUUAUAUAUUCUUCGUAUAUGAAAGCAAAAGGUCCAAUAAAAACAUGCAAAACUCAGAACGCCGUUCAUCUGUGGGACUUCUUUGGCACCAAUCACAAUAUAAACAGUGCUUAUAAAAAUUUCUUUCAACAUUUGGUGAAGUAUGCUCAAUCGCCGGCAAUUGAGACGACACUAAACAUGAAAUAUUUGGAAGAUGUACACCUUGAAAUGAUACUCGUAUUAUCCAGACUAAAUGAGUCUUCUACAGAAAAUGUUAAUCGACCAAUUGUUGUCAAAAGGCACCAUAAAGACAUAAAGUACGCAGUUGGCAUGAUAUGUUUUCACAAAUUGUAUAAUUAUACCUGCAUAAUCCGGGGGUGGGAAGUGAACGGUCACAACUUGUUAUUACAAGGGGUGGACAGUUCUCGGAAUCUGCAACAACCCUUCUAUUGCGUGUUGGCGGGCGAUCAGUCUGAGAGAUAUGUAGCACAGGAAAACCUACAGAAGCUCUUAGUGCCAUAUCGUAUCAAGAACUUGGAAGACACUUUAGCAAAAGAGUUUACCCAUUUUGAUGGAUUCGCCUAUCUCCCCAAUGAGCAGAAAUUGUUGGAAUAUCCAGAUGAAGAACGUUACGUCGAAGCCUUUAGACAAACUUCACCUAAAGAUAUUUUACACCUUAUCACUCCUUAUUAAACAAACUAGUACAACUAGUAGGGGACUCACAGAAUACAUAAAACAAGCAUAUGCAGGAAGUCCUCAGAAACAGCUCCGAUUUUAAUGAUUUUUUUUAAAGUCUUGUUUUUUAUGUUAUUUAAAAUCAGAAAUGUUUUGGUGCGGGGACGAAAUAAUUUAUAUUUUUAAAAAAAUAUUUAUGCUAUUUAUAUAAUAAAUAAUUUAAAAAUUCUACCGACUUCAAAAAUACAAACGUAUGCAAAAAAAACUGUGAAAUAUGAAAAUAUUAUAAUAUUUUCUAUCUAUUCAUCACUUUAAAGACGGUGGCAAUGGUCUAAUUAUGGUCUCAUACAAAAUUGAAGAAACAAUUUCAACCCUAAGGGUAGAAAAAUAGAAGAUGAUUGAUGCUUUUCAAAUUAAUUGUAAUGUAAAGCGUAACUUUUUACUGAGUGGACCGAUUUUGAUAAUUCUUUAUUUUUUAUAAAGGGUAUAUUUUGAAGUAGGUCCCAUAUAAAUUUGGGUAAACAAUUCCAAUCCUAAAGGUAAAAGAAAAAGAGGGUACGAUUGAUUGUCUUAAAAUUAAUUGUACCAUUGGCACCAGCUUCGAAGUAAAUAGAAAAUAUUAUAAUGUUUUCUUCUGCUUAAUAGUUAUAAUUAGUAGAUAUCCUAUCUGACAGUUGCCAAAUUAUUCGCGGAAUUAAAAAUAUAAAUAAAAUACCUAUUUAUGUAGAAAGUACAAUUUGCUUGACAAUGACUUAUUCUUUAAACGGUUUAAAAAAACGUUUUGUAAUCUGUAAGGAUGUAUUGUACGAGUACCUACCAAUAGUACCUACCUACCUACUUAUUCAGUUAUCGUGGCCAUAUGUUCAGUUAUUGUUACUGUUAUUAAUAUAUUAGUUUUGAACUG